GUUGGAAACUCGGAGGACGAGAGAGAGAGAAGCAGUGAGUCACGGGUUUGUCUUGAAACUCCCCUCUUUUUCACAGUCCUAGUAGACAGGCAGACACAUAUUCUCGCAUUACAAAAUCGAGGAGAAAAACAACAGCCGUAUAACCUAUCUCCCCUUACCCUUCUUUACAGCAUUAUUUUAUUUUUUCACUCCCACGCACACUUACCCAUCAAUCAAACCCCACCACCACCAGCUAGCUAGCUCACAAUUUUCUCUUCCCUUACCUGGGUCUCUCUCUAUCUCUCUGAUCAGAGUACUAUCACCAUCUCUAGCUAGCUCUCUCGCUUGCUCCAUCGCUCUAUCUCAGUAUCUUGUUGCAAACUAACCUUCUUUUCUCUUCUUUUACAGCUUUUUUUUUUUUAAUCUUUUCUUUCUACAAGCUAGCUAGCUUCUUAGACGACAAGUUUGGAUCGGUUCUUCGCCCAUGGCUCUUAUGUUAGACAAUUGUGAAGGCAUCUUACUCUCAUUAGACUCGCAUAAGUCUGUACCAGCUCCCUUCCUCACCAAAACCUAUCAACUCGUCGACGAUCCCACCACUGAUCACAUCGUCUCUUGGGGUGAAGAUGAAACAACCUUCGUCGUCUGGCGUCCUCCCGAGUUCGCUCGCGACCUCCUCCCCAACUAUUUCAAGCACAACAACUUCUCUAGCUUCGUCCGCCAGCUCAAUACUUACGGUUUCAGGAAGAUUGUCCCAGACCGAUGGGAGUUCGCCAACGAGUUCUUCAAAAAAGGAGAGAAACACUUGCUAUGCGAGAUCCAUAGAAGAAAGACAUCUCAACCCCAAGUUUCCAUCAACCAUCACCCGCAUUCGCCGAUCGGUGCUGCUGGUGCUAUUGGUAGCCCUGGUUUCUUUCCAUUUCCUGGCCGGGUUAGCAUCUCUUCGUCCGAUUCGGACGAACAAGCAAAUUGGUGUGAAUCAUCGCCGCUUUCGUCUCCAAGAGGAGGAGCUUCUGUUUACGGUGGUGGUGGUUGCGUCAGCAGCUCGGUAUCGGCCCUAUCGGAAGAUAACGAGAGGCUCCGAAGGAGCAACUCCAUGCUAAUGUCGGAACUCGCACACAUGAAGAAGCUAUACAAUGAUAUUAUCUACUUCGUGCAGAACCAUGUAAGACCUGUUGCGCCCAGUAAUUCUUAUCCUUCUUCUCUUAUCAUCUGCAAUCCUUCUCCUGGAACGCCCAACCAGCAAACAUCUUCGAUUGCCAACGCUCCUUCAACGGCGAUAGUGCAAAAACCUUUUCACCAGUUACUUGGGUUUUACCAGUCAUCCAGUCCAAAACAACCUUCCUAUACCAAGGGUUCUUUCAACUCUUCUGCUCCAUCAAACGCCUCUUCAACGAUUCUCCAAGAACCCCACAACAACAGUAAUAACAGUCGAACAAAGUUGUUUGGCGUGCCUCUUCAUUCCAAAAAGAGAUUGCACCCGGAACCCACAUCUCCUCCCACGAGCAUGGACACAAGCAAGGCUCGUUUAAUGCUUUCCAAUGAUGACUUAGGGUUGAAUCUGAUGCCUCCUUCUCCGUGUUAAAUCCUUUGUUCACAUUCAACGGAUUCAGCUACUGUUUCUUUCUUUUUUUUUUUUUUCUAUUCGCCCUUAUCCUCUUGUUUGAUUGUCUUGUUCUUCUCGUGGGCCUGAUAGUCUUAACAGUUGAGUGAGUGUGUCAUGGGUACUUUGUACAGAAGUUCGAUACGGUAUUUUGUUGUUCCCCAGCCAUGAAUGCAGGUUGGUUUUGAUUAGAGUGAAAAAAAAAAUGCAAGUUUAUGUCAUGCACAUUAUCUUAUUUAGUAUUUCUUCUU